AUGCUCGAGAAUGGCUGGCAGCAAGUGCACACCUACGCUGACCAUCUGGGUCACCGUGUGGUGCUCGAACAGUUCGUCGGGCUAGACUUCUCUCCAGACCCCGACGACCUGGUUCCCAUCCAGGUCUACAGCCUUGUCUCCCUGGAUGACAACCACAAACAGCUCCGGAAGUACCUGAUGCAAAGUUUCUGGGACGACGAGGUCAAGCCUUUGUUCGAGGUUUAUUCAUACUGCCCGCCCGACCCCUUUGCCUGUAUUGAGCAUAACCGCCGUGAAAUCGCUCGCCGCAAGCAGCAACACCGGUCAGGGGUCGAGAAUCCACCCCCGCUGAUUCCGCAAUUCACCCGUCCUAGUAACUACUCGACUGUUGGGUUUUGUGUCCUACUACGAUCGCACAGCUAUCGACUGGGCUAUACCGAGGACUCGGACUCGCUUGCUAAGGUGGGCGAAGGCCCGGAUUUACUCUACUUCAACCGCUCGUUUUCUAGCACGCGUGGUGAUGUUGACGAGACGCAGAGCUUAUCUGAGUCUGAGAACGAGAAUCUCUCUCCAGAGGCAUUUGAGUUAGCCACCGAGCGCAUUAUGAACCAGAUUGACAUCGGUCAGAUUAUCAUAAUCGAUAUCUUUAAUAACGCCGGUCGCCCCGGGCUGCAAUACGCCUUAGAUAUAGACGAGGGUGAGCCUCCUAACUCGAAUCUGCCAUCAGAAGAGCAGAUUCGCGAUCAGCUAGGCCAGGAAACUUCAGUUGGCGGCUUCUCUCUUGAUCCGGCAUUCCAGAUUUCUCAGGAUGCCGACAUUAUAACAGUCACCAAUACUCCUAAGGGAAACGUCCCUGAUAUGCAAUACCUUAUCCAUGCGCUUUUUCUCAGCUCUAUCCGAGACACAGCAGGGUCCCCCCUUUUAGAAAGCACAGCGCGCCUCUUCACUGCGUCAAUUGUCUCCCAUCUCCCAGCCAAUAAAACACUCACUCUUAAAUUCUUCAUCCCAAAGUCCUCUUCCUGGUCAGCCAUCCACUCUGCCCAAACCGAAGUUCUCGAAGUUCUCGAAGUUCAAUCCCACCAAACCCAAGGAGAGGAUCGAGCAGAUCCCUUCCCUAUCGGCGCCCUGAACACCUUCUCCGUAGGCGACGAACAAUCCCCCAGCGCAUACCGUACCAUCCGCCAAGAACCCCAAUAUUUCAUCACAGCACAAGAGAUGUACCCCAUGAUCUUUCGCCUAUUCGCAAUUGUGCUCGAUCGCGCCAAGUUUGUCUCCGAGGCCGGAGUCUACUUCUACAUGGCGGACUGUGAUGCAUCCGGGGAUCCGGACCCUUACUGGCAGGACAGUCCCGAUGAUACGCAGGUUUUGCGGGGCGUGGACAUGAGUACGAUUGCCGGACGGUUGGGGAUGGCUGGUCUUGACGGGUAA